AACGUGCAUGAUCAAUUUACAUUUGAACUUCAUCGGAGUACACCGUAGUAUCUACGGUUUCAAUACAAAGUGGUCCGUUUUGUUUCUAAACCAAAGCCAUGUUCGGAUAUCGUAAUUAGCUACCAUGGGAAACCAUUGGCCAUCAUCACACUCGAUCCUCAUAACAGUUUCGAUUGUAUUCCUGUUUCUUCUCUUGGAAGAGACUUGGGCCCUCAAAUGUCGCACCGAGGACGGCCCAAGUAGCGACGAAAUCCGGAAGGUGAUUCGAGUCUGCAUGAAACGAAUCACCUCUGAGUCAGAGAACAAAAGCAACAAUGAGUACGAAAAUUACGAUUCGUCCUACUCGGAUUCCAAUAGUGAUGAGGAUCGAGAGUCCAGUACAGAGGGAAACACCCGGCGGCAAACCAACGGCGGCAAUCAAUCGACUAACACGCGGGGAAGAAAUGGAGAAGACAUGAGUAGAGGGAGAGACUCCAGCAGAAGCAGUGAUGAUCGAAGCAGAGGAGACAACAGAAACCGCCAGGAUAACGGAAGACGCAGAGAUCGCGAACGAGACUACGACUACGGUCCGAUGGGACGAAGAAUGGACGAUGGACGGAAUCAGCAAGGACGAUACAAACGGCAAUACUACAACGAUGGCGCUCAGGGUGGCUACGGAUACAACUAUCAACAGAACGAUCGCUACAAUCGUGAUCGCAAUCAAUUCAUGCAUCCCAAUGGUAACAUUUCCAGUAAUGGUACCAACAACACGGAACGUGAUCGAGCUUGCAUGAUGCAGUGCUUUUUCCAGGAAAUGAAGAUGACCAAUAAUGAAGGCUUCCCUGACAAACACAAGGUGCUGCACGUUGUAACGAAAGAUUUAAGGGACUACGAACUUCGCGACUUCUACACGGACUCGAUUCAGGAGUGCUUCCACAUGAUCAGCAUGGACAAUAAACUCAAGGAUAAGUGUGAUUAUUCAAUGAAGUUCGUAACGUGUCUCGCUGAUCGGGGGCAAGCCAACUGCAACGAUUGGGAAAAUGAAGCGAUCAUGUUUUAGAUCGCUCACUAUGUUAACUUUCACGAAGCACCAGCAACGCAAUGUCUCUCAAAUACCUUAAUAAGCAAUCCAAAUAAAAGCAAAGUUUCUCUGAAAAGA